AUUGAAGGAUGGCGCGGCGACAAUCAGCCUAUGGCAUUGAGACCAAUGCCAUGACUCUGCAAAGGUUUGUACUCCGAGAGCAGCGGAAACAUCCUUCGGCUACUGGUGACCUCACAAAUCUACUUACAUCAUUGCUUACGGCUUUCAAAGCUAUCUCGAGUGCGGUACACAAAGCUGGUCUGGCUAACCUGUACGGUAUUGCUGGCAACACAAAUGUGCAAGGAGAAGAGGUCAAGAAACUUGAUGUGUUGAGUAACGAACUGAUGAUAAACAUGGUGAGAUCGUCGUACACUUGUUCUGCAAUGAUUUCCGAGGAAAAUGAGCAAAUGAUAGAAGUGGAAGAAAGCAAAAAAGGAAAAUAUAUUGUCACAUUCGAUCCGUUGGACGGUUCAUCUAAUAUUGACUGCUUGGUUUCAAUUGGUACUAUUUUUGGCAUCUGGCGAAAACAGGAUGAUGGACCGGUAACAAAAGCUGAUCUCUUGCAAUCUGGAAGGUCCAUGGUGGCCGGAGGGUAUUGCUUAUAUGGAUCUGCAACUAUGGUCGUGCUCAGCACCGGACGUGGCGUGAACGGAUUCACGCUUGAUCCCACUCUGGGAGAAUUUAUACUAACCCAUCCCAAGAUGCAGAUACCCUCCAAAGGAAAAUACUACAGCAUAAACGAAGGUUACGCAAAACAGUGGCCCAAAGGCCUUGCUGAAUACGUGCAUACGAGGAAGUUCCCUGAGGAUGGCAAGAAAGGAAUGGCACUGAGGUACGUAGGAUCCAUGGUUGCUGACGUUCACCGUACCUUGCUCUAUGGCGGAAUAUUCCUCUACCCAGCAACUGCUGAUGCACCAGAAGGAAAGCUUCGUUAUCUCUAUGAAUGUGCACCAAUGGCCUUCUUGGUAGAGCAAGCUGGGGGAGUUGCUACAACAGGCGAGCAUGAUGUGCUCGAUCAUGUUCCCAAGGACAUUCAUGAACGAGGAAUCAUAUACCUGGGAGGAAAAGAAGAUAUGGAAGAGUUUUUAUCUUACCUCCACAAGAAAUAAGCAGCUCAAAAGUACCAACGGUUUUUGCUCAAACAUCCAUCUCUAACAUGCAUUGCGAGAAUAAAGUAUUUUUCAAUGACUGC